AUGAACAGCUCACUCCUAGUCCUUGCUCUCGUAGCAGUGGUCGCUGCCGAUAAAAUCCCCGACUUCGUUGUCCCAGGAAGGUGUCCUGCGGUGGACAAGAAGGCCUUCUUUGAUCUGCAGAGAUUUGCUGGAGUGUGGUAUGAAAUUGCGUUGACCAAGAACCCAUACCAGCUGCUUCAUCAGUGCGUGCGCAACGAAUAUUCUUUCGACGGCCACAAAAUCACCGCCAGGACGACCGGCAGCAAUGCUGAGGGAAGGGCGGCGAGGCGCCACGGACAGAUCGCGCCGAUGCCUCUGGGAGAACCUAACCUGUCCAUUGACUACGAGGGCUCUUUCCUGGCGCCAUUUGUAAUCCUGGACACGGACUACGACAACUUCGCCUGCAUUCACUCCUGCGUGGACGUCAGUCGAGGCUACUUCGCGGACUUCGCCUUCAUCUUCUCCCGCGCCCCAAGCAUGUCGGACCGUCACAUGAGGCGCUGCGAAACCGCCUUCAGGAACAUCGGCCUCGAUACGUCCCGCUUCACCAAGACCGUCCAGGGACACACAUGUCGCUACGACACCCAGACGGGUUUCUGA